CAGAUGUCUUGAUAGUUGAUAGUUGAAAUGAGGAUAAAAAAUAAUUCUAAAGUUCAAACAAUCAUACUAUCACACUUAAUUACUUUAGUAAAGUCACCAAUUAUGUGCUUCAAUACUCAACAGUAACAAUGUAAAAUGUUCAUAUUUAGUACUUGUUAUAGCAAUGUAUAUCAUUUAGUUUGAAUGUCAAAAAUUCAAACUGGUAAAUUGCCGUUCCUUUUAGUUGAUUAUAAUUUGACUAUAAUAUGUCUACAUGUCUACAUUAGAUAACGAAGUUUUUAUUUUAAACAAAAGUAUGCUGGUCCAUCAAAACCUAUCAGUGGGUAUCAAAUAGAAGGUGACUUAUUGGUUUAGUAUUGUUUAAACCAUGAAAUUUAAAAAGCAUAUAGAGACAUUUUUACAAACAAUGAAAGAAAAAGCACAAACCAAACUUUCUAAAUCAAAUAAUUCUCGAGCUGAAUUAUAUAACCGACUUGCAGUUUAUCGCCCAGAAUAUGAUAAAGUUGUUUCAUGGUAUGAACGGGUGACUGGUUUAAGUGAAGUUCGAGUAGCCCAAGAUAGAGUGUUGGAGUCUCAAAAGCAAUUUAUGAAUGCCCAAGAUAGAAGAAGAGAUAUAUCAGUGGAACUAAGAACAAUUCAAAACAAACUUAAAGACAUCCGAAAUGAACUUCUAAAUACUUCUAGAUCAGAAGAUAGGUACAUUGAAUUAGUAACACAGGAACAUGCUUUAUUAAAACAAGAAAACGUUAUCAUCGAUCGGGUUAACUAUAGUGAAAAGGAGGAAAGAGAUAGUUUUAUAUUGCUCUCCACCACCUUAAAAGAUAGUCAUGACCGAGAGAGAAUACAAGCGGAGAGAACUAAAUAUGUAUCUAUUGUGGGCUCAAUCCUAGGUACUAUUAUUGGUAUAAUUGGAAGUACUGUAAUCAAUGCAUGGAAAAUGAAUGAAUUCAAAAGAAUGGUGUUGGAUGCCAAAUUGGAUUCAUCAGAUUCAAAUAAAAGUGAUCAAAUAAAACACUUAUUGUUACAAGUUCAAAAACAAAAUAAAAUGUUGAAAAAUGCACAGUUCAAGUUAAAUUCAGAUAAAGUGACAAGUUUUGUAGAGCCAGACUGGAAAUAUACUGACCGUGAUGUUAUUAUUUUGACAACUAUAAAUUGUACUAUAGUAGCUGUAUCAGCAUAUUUAGUGUCAAAAUUAUUUUAAUCCGUGAUACCUAUUCAAAAAUGUUGUUUUUAUUAUUGUUAUUGGUUUUUAAUUUCUAAUAAAUAAUGUAUUCCCUUUAAGCUAUUAUUGAGUUUUUUAA